ACCUAAACUAUCCACCUCAGGAGGAGUCCGGCCCCCCGACUCGGUCAGUGAGGCGUCGUCCAACGCGACGCUAGCAUCUCGAGCCACGCGAGCGUCCCUUGAUCCUCGAACUGACCGUCGCACGCCGGCGGCCGUCCUCCCUCCCACUGCCGGCCUGCACAUAACAACUGUCAGCCAAAGAUCCACGCCUGGCGGCGUGCGUCUUAAAUAGAUCGCAGCUGUAGCUUUGGUGCCACCGCGCUCUCCUUGUUCCUUUCGCGUUGUCGUCGUCGAUGGAGAAGGCCAUGGACUCCUACAACAAGGGGGGUGGCGCCGGCGAGGUCAGGAGGAUCAACGUGGUGUACUUCCUCAGCCGCGGCGGCAGGACCGACCACCCCCACCUCUUCCGCGUCAACCACCUCCACCGCUCCGGCGUGCGCCUCCGGGAUGUGAAGCGGUGGCUCUCGGAGGUCCGCGGCAAGGACAUGCCGGAGAACUUCUCCUGGGCUUACAAAAGAAAGUACAAGGCCGGGUACGUAUGGCAGGACCUAAUGGACGAUGACCUCAUCACGCCCAUCUCCGACAACGAGUACGUGCUCAAGGGCUGCGACGUGCGUGGAACCCCUCCUCCUCCUCCUUGCGCCGACGUGCCAAAGCCUUCUUCCUUGGCAGACGAGAAGAAGCUGCACCGGACGGAAGAAAAGGGCCGGAAGCAGGCCGAGGAGGAGCUCCAGGCGGCGCCAGACUCCGACGAGAGCUCCCCGAAGCCGCCGCCGCCGAUCGACCAGGGCUCGCCGAGCAGCGAGGGCGAGGCGGCGCAUUUCAGGAUCGUCCUGCCGCUGGACCUUGAGGAGCGAAAGCGGCGGCAGCAGGAGGCCGCGAGACGUGCGGUCACGACAGAGCGGCAGGCGUUGGUGGUGCGGGCGGCGGCGCCGGGCGUCAGGAAGCAGCAGCCGGCCGUGGGGAGGGCGCGGAGGAUGCGCGUGGCGCGGGUGCUCCACAGCAUCCUCACGUGCGGCGCGGCCGACUCCGUGGACGCCGCCGCGCUCCAGCCCGUCGCGCUGCCUCGGGCGAGAGGUGGCUCCGACGACGACGAGGACCGCCGGGACACGACGCCCGUGUGCCCCGGCAUGGACGGCUGCGGCAUCCACAUGAACAGGAAGGUGAGGCUGCGGCGAGGCGGGAAAGACAAGGCGAAGCCGGAUGGAGGGAAGCGUCCCGGCGCCGUCGCGGCCGCGCACAAGCCGGCGAGCCUGCCGCUCUGCUCGCAGUGCGGGAAGGAGUUCAAGCCGCAGGAUCUGCACUCGCACAUGCAGUCAUGCAGGGGCUUCAGGGCGCGGAUGAGGAGCAGCAACGGCACCCGUGGCGUGGACAGGAACCACACGAGGAGCGCCAGGGCCGACGACUCUUCCCCGGAGAGGACGUCCACCGGGCUCCUCCUCACUCAGUCGUGAUGUGAUCAGUGUUGCGAAAUGUAAAUGUGAACACGUAGGUGCGUGCGGACGAAUUUUGGAAUUAUUUAGGGUGGCGUUUAUACAACAGUUUGGAGCCGAGUGCAUCUUUCUUUGCUUC